UCGGGCAACGAUUUAGGCCGUGAGUUGCAAAAUAGCGUUGAAACCGCAACCAGAAUAAUGAAAGAACCGCAUGCAGAUUUACAGCAUCGCUGACAAUGUCGACGCAUUGGACGCUUGAAAAUAUAGCAAGACGGUGUCGAGUUUGAAUAAAAUAUGGGGAGUACGCGAAAAAAGAAAACCAAUAAAUCGUAUAAAAAUGUUGGGGCAGGAUGUGCGAAUGGGUACACCAAAAGGAAGUGUCAAAAUUCAGUUAAUAACUAUUACCGAUAUAUGUGAAAUGCCUUGUAUUCUUGCCGGUGAUGUCGAGAGGAAGAUAAAUUUUGCGUCAAAGUUGUUGCUCUGUAGUUUCUCCGUAUAACGUUGUGUUGCGCUCUUUAAUUCGCAUCCGGCCUACCCAGCACUUUUGUUUACGGCGCUUGUUUGACAUUUACUACAACCACCAGCUGUGAAAAAUCCCACGCAAUUGCCUAAGGUGAAGCAUAAAGAUUUGAGCUAAUAUAACUAAAAGUGAAGGAGUCAACCUACAUUUUAUUGUAAAAGAAUCAUCCAAGGAUACAUACAGACAUAAAGUGAUUAAUGGAAAAACAACUACCGGCCUGCUAAUAAGAUUUAUAGACACAUUCAUUGGUUCAUAUUUACAUCUAAACAAAUUAUCUACAUAAAUAUCCGCUGCUCUUCUUAAAACCUAAGCGCACAUUUUUAAUAAAACAUCAAAGUGUUUGCUAUGCCCCGCGGUAAACGACGUUCUAAUCACGAUAUGGGGGGCGAAGAGGAGCGUACAACUUCCAAACGACCACGCGGUGGUUAUGCGACAACACAAAAUACCAGCAGACGUCACAUCAAGGCUGAAGACAGUUUCAGCCAAAAGCGUUGUGUAGACUGGUUUUGCAAAUACACAAACCCAGAUGAGCCAGAUACGCUAGGUCCUGAUGGUAUGGAAAAAUUCUGCGAUGAUAUUGGUGUGGAACCAGAAAAUGUUGUGAUGCUUGUGCUAGCCUACAAAAUGGGCGCUACCCAAAUGGGUUUCUUCAGCCGUUGUGAAUGGUUAAAGGGCCUCACUGAAUUAGAAUGUGAUUCUGCUGCAAAAAUGCAAUCUAAAUUAGAAUAUUUAAAAAGUAUACUCAACGAUCCAAAUGUCUUCAAAAGCAUAUAUAGAUAUGCCUACGAUUUUGCCAAGGAUUCCGAUCAGCGUAGCAUGGAUAUAAAUACAGCAAAAGCAAUGCUACAACUGCUGCUCGGCAAACAUUGGCCGCUUUACCCGCAUUUCGCGCAAUUCCUUGACCAAUCAAAGUACAAAGUUAUUAAUAAAGAUCAGUGGUGCAACAUACUCGAGUUCUCACGCACAAUUAACAAUGAAUUAACGAACUACGAUAUCGAUGGCGCAUGGCCUGUUAUGUUGGAUGAAUUCGUGGAAUGGUUACGACUGCAACGCACAUGUACGAGUUCUACAAUAUUAAGCUGAAAUUAUCUUUAAAAUACUGAAUUUAUGAUAUUAAAGCAAAAACCGGGAUUAAUUUCACAACUACAUCAAAAAAAUCAACUAUAAUGAAACUCAAGUACCACAAACAAAACAAAGACAGCAAAUUCCAAAGGAAAACAAUAAAACUAAUAUAAAGCUUGUAAGGUCACCAACACCUACCACAAGACGUAUCAAUCAGUCAACCAAACCAAUUAAUGCAAACAAACAAAAAAUAAAAAAUUUAUAAUAAUAAUAAUUCUCAGCAAAAAAAUGCAGAAAAAAAAUGCAUGAGUACAUUUAACGUAUUACUAUUAAAUAAUUACAAUACGAACACAAGAACUCCUACUACUACGAUAAAAUAGUAAUUACUAUAAUUUGCUGCUUAAUAAUAUAAAUCAUAAUGAUUAAAAAUAAGUUACCAUUAAUAAUGAAGCCGAAAAAAGUUGAAACAAGAGAAUAACACAGUGUGUUAGGCAUAGCACAACAGACUUAACUACGAUGGUAUACCUAUAUACAAAAGAAAUCGUUAUAGUGGCAACAUAUGAUACAUAUGAAGCGAGAUACUUUCCCCAAACGCCGCAAAAAUUGAAAACAACGUAAACAAAAGCAUAUAGUCAUAUUUGGAACAUUUAGUAUUUAGUAAUGGUAAUAAUAAUUAUAAUAAUGAAGGUGAUGAUGACAAUGAAGGAAAGCAUGUUAAUCAAGUCAGUUAAAAUAUACUGAUAGCGUGAGACUGUGGAGUAAUUAAACUAACGCAAGUCAACUUUGAUAAUUAAUUAAAAAAAAAAAGAUCUGAGAUACAUACAAAACAUAUUCAAAAUUUAAAAAAUAAAAAUAAACAUAAAAAUAAUAAGAAUAAUAA